GGGGCAGGGAAAAUGGCAGACGGCUUUUCGCUUAAUGAUGCCUUAUGUGGGUCUGGGAACCCCAACCCUCAAGGAUGGCCCGGUCCAUGGGGAAACCCGCCUGCUGGGGCAGGAAGCUACCCGGGGGCUGCCUAUCCUGGGACCUACCCCGGACAGGCACCUCCUGCCGCUUACCCCGGACAGGCACCUCCUGCCGCCUACCCCGGACAGGCACCUCCUGCCGCUUACCCCGGACAGGCACCUCCUGCCGCUUACCCCGGACAGGCACCUCCUGGCGCCUACCCUACAGGACCUGCUUAUCCCGGACCUAAUGCCCCAGUGCCCGGCCCCGGACAACCAAGUGGGCCUGCGGCCUACCCUGGUGCGGGCCCCGCUGGUGUCCCUGCUGGACCACUGACUGUGCCUCAUGAAAUGGCUUUCCCUGGAGGAGUCAUGCCUCGCAUGCUGAUAACAAUUAUGGGUACAGUAAAACCCGAGGCAAACAAACUUGUUUUAGAUUUCAAGAGAGGGAAUGAUGUGGCCUUCCACUUUAACCCACGCUUCAAUGAGAACAACAGGAGAGUCAUUGUUUGCAACUCAAACCUGAAUAACAACUGGGGACGGGAAGAAAGACAGAUGAUUUUCCCAUUUGAAUGUGGUAAACCAUUCAAAAUCCAAGUACUGGUUGAAUCCGACCACUUCAAGGUUGCAGUCAAUGAUGCUCACUUGCUGCAGUACAAUCACCGGAUGAAAAAUCUCAGCGAAAUCAACGCAUUGGCAGUUAGUGGUGACAUCAGUCUCAAUAGUGUUGCACACACUAUGAUAUAAUCUUAAAGGGGCAGAUAUUCUUUUAAGAAAUAAAAAUGAAUGUAAACCUUACCCAUUUAAAAGUUUCAUGCUCACUGUAAGUGAAAAAUUUUGCCUUUAUUCAACAUCCUUCUCAUAAAUCAUUCAUUUAAUAAAUAUUCUAAGAGUUAA